GCAUGUCAUUAGCGUGUUUUGUUAUUGUUGAUAAAAUUUAUGAAUUCGACUUGCCACUUCUACAGAAAGCAAGAAAACUGGAGUGAAAUUCUUCAGUAUUACUGAUGAAUCUUGCUGCUUAUGGCGGGGAUCCAACAGGAAACUUACUCUGCGUCAAUUUUAAUCAGGACUGUAGGUAAAUAAGCCUAGAACUUGACGCCAAAAGGCUCCGUUUCCAAAACUGUACAACGAUUUUUCAUAAUAAUUUGAUUGUCGAUCUUUUGCAUCUUUUCCUUACGUAGUUCUCUGGCAGUUGGCUCAAAGGCCGGAUACAAAUUGUUCUCUUUAAAUUCUGUGGAAAAGUUGGAGGAGAUAUACGAUUAUGGUGGGUAAACUGUUAGUGAUAUGCGAGGUUGAGUUUAAGGUAAAUGUUAGCAAUGUCGUCAUUUUCCCCUAAUAUUUUUGUGGCGGAUUUCUUAUCAUUACCCACAAUUAGUUUUAAACCUUUCUGUGAUAUCAGUGAUUAAGAGCGUCUCUUAGUCUAAUUGUGAAGCGGUGUCUUCCGAAAGGAUUUGAUUGCGUGAGAUGCAAUAAAAUCGUUAAAACCUUCCAAGACAGUCACGUACAUUCAAUCAGCUGAUUUUACCCAUAUCUCUCCUUUGUUCACAAAUUUUGCUUAACCUCUCAGUUAUUUCUUGUGUCUCUCUCUUUUGGAAAAUUCUUAAGGCUAUCCUUUCCCAUUUUCAAUGAAAGGUCACUCUAAUCUUCGCGAAUGACCCGAAAAUAAAAAUUGUUAGGAUCUAACCACUACAAGCUAUAUAUCGAUGAAAAGCUUUGGUAGAUUUCGAUAAAAAUUAAACUACAUUGUUGUUAUUCCCAUGGCAAGAAGGAAACGAGUGCACAGUUAGACGACCAAACGCCAUCCCGUUGAAUUAAUUGGAUUUUAUACAUGACCUUUGAUGUCAAAGUUUAAGUGUACAGAAUUAACCCUGAAAAGAUCAAUCUCUAAAAGUGUGUGGGCAUUUCCCCAUAUUUGGGUUCGUUUUCAUAUCAUUGAUUUAGCAAGCUGCAGCUUUAAAAGAAAUUGCAAACAUAUUGCAUUCUGAGGCUGCUAGGAGGACAGUAUUUGAUGAAACAAAAAUUCUUACAUACCUUUUUCCUCAUUGUUCAGUUGAUGUUGUUAAAAAUUAUGUCAUGCCCUCUCGGAGUGUGACAUCACAUUGUGAGCCUCCAGCAAUAAUAUAAUAGAACACAAGACAUAAACAGCAAGUAAAAGGGUCCUUAAUGGGAAAGUGAUGGUCAUAAUAAGCUCCUGUAAGCAUGCUUGCAAUAGUGAGAUAUUGGUAAUUAUGCUUUUGCCAAUCUUUGAAGUCAGGCAAACCAUGAAUCCUUGUCACCCACAGUAGGGUAUAAUUUAUUUUGUAACCAAAAAGAGCUAGUAAGCUGAAAUAAUAUCCACAGGUGAAUUAUUUUGCUCCAGAAAGUUUUCUGGUAAUUUAUCAAUGGUCACAUGCAGCAACUUUCUUUAGGAUGGUACCAUCUGUUGAAUAACAAGGUAAACCUUUUCUCUUUGAUUUCUAGCUGAGACAGAAGACAUUUGCAUAGUAGAAAGACUAUUCUCCAGUAGUCUUGUAGCCAUUGUCAGUUUAUCUGCUCCUAGAAAACUUAAAGUCUGUCAUUUUAAGGUAAGAAUGAGACUUAUUUAGCAAACACUUACAGAACAUACACAAUACAAAAGAAUCAAUAAAGGCUAUGUUAACCUUUGAUUAUUAAUAGUAAUAUGUUUAGUUUUGAUUAGUCACUGCAGGCUUAAAUUCAUGGUCUGUAAUGAAUACUGACACUUCCUUGUUAUCUUUUUAUAGAAAGGAACAGAAAUAUGCAACUACAGUUAUCCCAACACAAUCUUAGCAGUCAGGCUAAACAGAGUGGUGAGUUGAUAGUAUGAUGGUAGUUCAGUCAAGCGAUAACUUUUUAUGAAAUCUUUCUUAUCAUUCUUGUAAUCUUCUUUUUAGGAGUCUGCUGGAUAUUGAUCUUGUCUUAAAUUUUAUAACUGCAAAACUCUAUUCUAGAGUGUAAUGGAAAAAAUUGUCUGCCCUGUUAUGGGUAUUCAAGACAUGCUAACAGUUUUUUUGCACUAGAGACCUACCAAUUCCAUGGAAUAAAACCUCUUUUUGAUGUCGUACUGGGUAGCUUGUUUUUUCUUUUUUUUAAAUAUCUUUUUUCCUUUACAUUUUAGCGGCUGCUUGUGGUGUUAGAAGAAAGUUUAUAUAUUCACAAUAUUAGAGACAUGAAGGUAAGCUAAAAAACAGAAGACUUAAUAGAGAGUGUAAUGAAAUUGUAUGAAGAUGGUUGGUAGCACUGGUAUGGUUGUAUUUCUAGGUUUGAGAGGGGUAUUGUUUCUUAACAUGUAAACCUUGUUACUGUGAAAUGAAUAAGAUAGUUCUUAUUAUGUAUCUCAGUGUGUGCUAUGAUUAGUCAAGUUAGCAGGCCAUAUUUCAUUGUAUGGCUCACUAAAUUCAAAAGUUGGUGCAAAAUGAAAUAUUUCCACUAUAUUUGAAGCUAGAGGAGUAAUAAAUAUCUAACUAACCUUGUUUUCCUUGGUCCAUACUAUGAGUUACAGAACCUUCUUUUUUUCUCAUUUGAAUUUAUGGCCUGCACGCCUUGCACUUGGGCCAUAAAUCCAAGUGAGAAAACUGUUACUGUCCUCAAACUUGGUUAGUUAGAGGUAUUUAUAAACAUCCAUGUCAGAGAGCCAAAGUCACCCCUAAACCUUACUAUAAAGAUGAAAAACUUUCUUCUGACAGUGCCUCUUCAUCAUCCAUAGGUUCUACACACAAUAAGAGAUACACCUCCUAAUCCAUCAGGUUUGUAGAACAAUGUCUUAAAAUUCAUUUAUGAGCUGGGCAAUUUUGGAAAUAAGUUUGCAGUAUUGCAAUUGUACUACUGUUCUGACAUUUUUUCUUUCAUUUGGUGGCUCACAGACUGAAUCUUACAACUAAAGGAAUCUUUCUCAAAUCUCUAUUUUCCUAGGUCUAUGUGCCCUCUCUGUAAACUCUGAUAAUUGUUACCUUGCCUAUCCUGGAAGCAAUCAGGUAUGCUGAAUAUGACCUUCGCUGUCAGUAACUUUUGCCAUAGUCAGCUGUACAUAGUGAAAUUGGUAGUUGUGCCCAAAAAAAGGGGCUGUAAGGUGAAAGGCAAACAAGAGAGUCCAUUUGCAAGCAAAACAGACAACAUAACAUGUCUGAAAGGGAGCAGUAGACUGCCAGUAACUGGCUUUUAUUCAAGCCUCUGAACACAUGCUCCAUAGUGAUGAAAAACAAUUGCGCUCACAUCUAAAUGUAGUAUUUAACUUUGUGUAUCAUCUAGUGCGUUCAAAUUAUGAUUAAAAAUGUAAUAAAUUUUGCUUAUGUUGUAGAUUGGUGAGGUCCAGAUAUUUGACUGUGUAAAUUUGGUAAGAAAUCAUCAAGAUAAAUAACAAAACUGACAUAACCUUAAGUCAUUUGAUACUAUUAUAGAGUGAAAGACCAUACAGUCCAGGCAGUAGUGUGCCGCUAGGCUUUAUAUCUCACACCCUUGUGGCACAGAACAACCUGAAUGUAAUGUCAAUCAAAAGUCUUGGGAUUAUGUAUAAUAUACAUUACUUUUAAUUGAUUGUCAGUGGGGCUCUGACUCAUACUGUCAGCUUAAGAAACUCUUUACAGUGACCAAGGUACAUUACCAACUCAGCUGAUAAAACCAAAUUUUUUUCAAUACAACCCACCAAUGCAGCCCAACUGUGACAGCUUCUCUAGAAACUUACCCCCAUUUGACCUUUGACCAUGUUUUAAUCACAUUAUUUUACAGCGGGCAGUAACAAUGGUUCCUGCCCAUGACUCUCCUGUAGCUGCUAUGGCAUUCAACUCUGCUGGGACUAAACUAUCAACAGCAUCAGAAAAGGUGGGCUUAUUUAAUGGGUAAAGCUUCAGGCAAUACUUCAAUAACGAUUACUUUAAUUGGAAGCUCUUGCCUGGAAAAGAUGUUACCCUUAGAUGAAACAGAGACUACGAGCAUUCUCUCCUUUGUGGCCAGAGAUCCCUGUGGUGCGCUAACAGCAAUUUUUUUUUUCGCCGAUGUUUUUUUCUCACACGACAGACUUUGCCAGAAAGGAGGGACGGCUCGUAAUCUAGAUGGAACAUUUCUGCUGAGUCCAUCCCCAAAGAACUUUGUUCUAAUUGCAGUAGAGAAGAAUUGUCAUGAAUCUAAAUUUUAUAAAUACAUCAACAAGGAAACAUGAUCAGAGUCAAUACUUGUGGUUAAUGACUAUCAGUUAAUUUAGAUAGACAUUUAGAUGUGAUUAACUUCUUUCUCUUUAGGGAACAGUCAUCCGAGUGUUUGCAAUUCCUGAUGGAAUAAAACUUUAUGAAUUCAGACGAGGAGUGAAGAGGUAAAAGCCAUAAACUCUUGGAUUUAUUUCAUAUUUUAUGGGCAAUAAAGGUGUCAGGCUGUGCUAACAUACUUCCGUGUCUUUUCUUUUCAGGUGUGUAACCAUCAACUCGCUCGCCUUUAGCCAUGACUCGCUGUUCUUGUGUGCGUCAAGUAAUACAGAGACAGUACACAUUUUCAAGCUAGAAGCUCCGAAGAAAGAGUAAGUAAUCCGUUUGUGUUAAGAGGAAAAAAAAUAGCGUGUUUUUAAAGCAGAUUGAAUCUCUCUAGCGUGUGUACUGCCCUGUGCAAGGUUUAUUGUUACCUCUUGUCCAUCGCUGCCGAUUAGAACGUUUACCUGGACUGAGUUUACCCUGCUGACUGUAACUCCCAGUAUGUCCACAUUAUUACUUUGAACUUUUCCCCCUCUCACGAAAUUAAGAUCCCGCCGUGUUAAGAUUCCAAGAAAGCUGACGGAUGUUUUUAAAAAGAUAUUUUAGUAGUGAAACUUAAAACAAGCGCGAUUAAAAAUCGUCCUUUUUCGCGGAAGGACUUUUGAUAUAAGCUAGCACACUAACUACAUUGCAUUUUUGUCUCUUUGUAUAAUUUGACUUCAGGCCUCCGGACGAGGCAAGCGGUUUGAUGGGUUACUUUGGAAAAGCGCUCUCCCCCAGCAGCUAUCUCCCAGUACAUGUGAGUAUGCGAGAUGGUAAAGUUUUGGACAACUUGAUCAUGCGGUAGAAUGUGUGUAACGGGUAUGGAGUGAGAGACUGAAGGCAGUGGUCAGAAGUGAUUUAAGCAUAUGUGGACGCAACCUCGCAAUUAAAACGAGCAAAAUGAUGUUUGUUGCAAGUUCACUAACUUUCACAUUAUACAGGUCGCAGAAGUGUUCAACCAAGAGAGAGCUUUUGCCAGUGUUCGAUUACCACAAGCAGGUAUGGAAGUAAAAAAAAACAACAACAACAACAACACAGAAUUAACACACUGUGGCAGACUCCACAUCAAAUACAACUUGAACUUCGUUCCUAUUAUAAUGCAUUCUUCGUAACUGAUGCCCAAUCCAAAAAAAGGUACAUACGGUACCCCUUUAUGUCAAAAUGAAAUUACUCCAUGUUCCGUACUCGGUCCAAGAGUACUUCUGUUAGAAGAGGACGACCCAUAGUGGCACUGCAUGGCUGAUAACCAACUUUUCGCGGGCUACCUCUUACUUUUCCAAUGGCCCCGGCGCUGUCUGUUGAGGAUCCUUUGCAGAAAUAUUAUACUUCUCAUAUUACAUCUGGGAAAGUAAAGUUGUUUUGCUCUUGGCUACCUGAUAGACGUCUCCGAAGCCAAUCGAGGGUUGUGAAUGUUAAGUUUGUGUUCAUUCUUCUUCGUUGAGUAAUUUUUGGAGUUAAUUCAGUUCUUUCUUUUCCUCAAAUCAGGUCUUAGAAACGUUUGCGCCAUAGCAAUGUAAGUGUUUCAAAUAAAUCCCAUUUGUUUAUGAAAUUGUUUUUUUCUGAAUAAAACGUUUGAAGAAUUAAAUACCAGGAAAACGCUCUAUUAUCCUGUGUAGUAGCAAAUGUAAUUCUCCCUAUCCCCUACAGGAUUGGCAAGCUUCCACGCUUGUUGGUGUCCAGUGCGGACGGUUAUCUUUACAUCUACAAUAUCGACCCUGAGGAGGGAGGGGACUGUACGCUGCUCAAGCAACAUAGGUGAACUACACAAUUUGUUUAUCAAGAGAUAGUACUUGCCAUAGUUGUUGGGUUAUGAUGGAAUAAAAUGAAGUAUGGUGUCCUAUCGUGCUGGUGGGUGUUAGUAGGUUCUCGAGUUCUACUUGUCUCAUGAAAGCUUGAACCUACUGUUGAUCCUGGUUUAAAAAUGGCGCUUCGGGCUUUGCAUACAGAGGUGUGGGAUUGAUUCAUGGCCUGGGUGCUGGUGACACGAACACUCUCGCCUAGUCUCUCUCUCCACCCAUAAGCAUAACAAGACUAACAAGAGGCUGUCAUUUGCAAUGGACUGACUAGCAUUCUAUACAGGAAGGAAAAAAUGUUCCUAGUCGUUUACUGCAGACGAGACUGGAAGAAUCCUCGUCCUCGUUAGCAGGUUACAUGCAGUAUUGAACCUUUUAACUUAUAAUAAUGCUUUUAAGACGAUUGCCAUGAAGAGAAUUCAUUUUAACCUGUUUUUAAAUGGUUCCUUUGUAUCGUUGUUUUGUAGGUUAAUUGGUCAAACUGAAGGCCUUGAAAAACCAUCGGUAAGUAUCUCCUAAGAGAGUGACGCACUAAGUUGUUGUUUUUCGUGUUUCUUUCUUUGUUGAAACAAACUUUAUCAAAGCUGAACACUAAAGCACUUCGUUCAUACGUAGGAGUCCAAGCUUAGACAGCAGUGGAAAAAAGUUCGUCUGUGAAAAGAACAAAAUUAAAAUUAUGUUUAUUCUAUUUUUAUUCGUAACACUUCUCAGUUUUUUUCAUUAGAAAUAAUAGUAAGAAAGUAUCACGUAAUUUAAUGGUAUCUGAGUUAAAAAAUCUUUAUUAUAUCGAAGAUUUUUGUAAAAAUAUAAGCUCAUAGCUAAUUAUUCUUCUGUAAAAUGGUUUUGUGUUGUUUUGAAUAGGAAGAGGAAAGCGCUUCCGCCGAACUUAACCCAUCUCCAUCGAACAAAGAAGAAGAAUCUCAAGAUACGAGAGUUCGAGCAUCAUCACAAAACAGUCAGAAUUCUCCAACAACAGGUGUAUGUGACCCCACCCAAGCCAUGACGGCCUUUGGUGACCUGCAAGGGCCUGGAAACCUAAGAUUGGACGAUGAGACUGAGUAUCCACCGCUGACUGUACACAACGAAUAGAGUCUCCGUCAAAUCUCUUUCUUAGACGGUCUUCGCUUUCUUCACUUUUUAUGCCCAAAACCGCUGUAUUCAGCAGUAGAUCUGAUGCGGACACUUUUUAAACGAAGAAGUUCUUGUAGGAUUUCUUGUAGGAUUUCUUGUAGGAUUUCUUGUACUCUUUUUGGUGUGUUUGCUCUGAUUUUCCUUGUUUAACGAAAGAAAAUUUUCUCGCAGUCGUCAAGUUUGUUCGCAAGAACAGUGUUCCUUUGAGGAUAAGAAGGUAGUAAGGUUUUCAAAGCUAUUACAUUGCAUAGAAAUUUUUUUGUAGAAGACAAAGAUUUUAUGCGUUCUUGUGCGAGUGAGUGUUUUGGGUGGAAGUGUCAAAAGUGAUUUUUAAGUUAUAAAGUUAUACGAUAUAUGCAUCUAUUUGAUUCUUCAAAUUCAUUGAUUAAACAGAUCCAUUUAACUUUCUGAGUACCGUGAAAAUGUUUUCGAUGAAGGGAAAGUUAAGGCGAUAACACUACGAUUUAUUGAAGUUAUGUUUGUUUUGGUUUCUAUUCUCGAUGAUUUAUUGUAGUCAGCUUUCUAUAAGCCAGCUGAUUGUUGUUUUGUUGGGGAUGGGCUGAAACCACGAAUUUGGUUCAUUACCGAUGUAUAUUAUGUCGAAAACACCAGUAGGAAAUGAUUUGAAAAUGAAAACCAUGGGAACGGCCCGUAUGAUAUCACAACGUGAAGUAACAGGUGCCAUUUGGUCGUUAGCCAAUCAGAUCAGUUAAAUUACGCCCCCCGUGUCCCAUCAAAUAAUACACGAGUUGAGGUGAAGGUCGCCACCUUUUGUCUUGAAACGCCCUACAGCUCCUAAAUUGUUAGGGGACUUGGAAGUCAGUGUUCAUCCAAUCAAGAGAAUCCGCAAUUUUUCUUGGUGGAAACGGAUUUUCUCCUGGCAGCAGCCCCAUGAUGCAGAAACAAGUUCAGGUGACCAAAGAGUAUAUCAUCAGUUACCCGAAGGAAAAUGCUGCAGCGAAGGCGAAGAGGCGAACUCUUCUUCCCACAGAUCUCGUAACGAAGGUUGUAAUUGUUGAGGGAGGUACACAAUCUUCGCUAACAGCGAGCGAACUGGCCGAGAUAUUAGAUAUGCAAGUUGGCAAUCACACCAAAAGAACCAAGACCACCCAGCUACAUUGACUAUAAACAGCACACGACAUCUUUCACUACCGAUUGCUUUUUGUCAAUACAAGAAAGGCUACCGGAGACAUAACAAGAGUACCAGCCCCCACAAUUUGGAAAUUUGCUGUAUGAACUUGAAGUUAAUUUAAAUGUAGAAAAACAACUUUGCAUAUGAAAACUGAUACGCAAUUCCUUGAACGUAUCUUAGCUGUGUUGAUCAGUUAAUAUUUUCUUUUCUUUUUUCUUUUCUUACACUGUUCUUUACGGCUACUUCACUUUAAUUGCAACUUUGUUAACAUCGGAAAAGGAAUUUAAAAAAAUUCGCAAACUACAAAAAUAAUAUCUUAAAAUUAUUCUUUCAGUUAAAAAAAAAUACACUGCUAUUUUCUCUCAUUUGUUAUUAAUCGUACGUAUUAAAGAGCCAUUUAAAUAUUUGAUGUGUAUCUAGAGACGUCUACUAGUCAAUUUAUUACUAAUGAGAGUUGAGAUCCAGAAGUUCGCAAGCGCCUCGCGAGGAACUGCAAAUUAGAGAUCUUAUCGCGUUAUACCAC